CCGGACCUCUGGCAACAUGAAUGGUUUCAGAAGCCUGGCGUUAACCAAUGUGCUCACGCUCGUGUUGCUGGCAUCAUAUGUCUCCCAGUCGUGGACUACGCCGAAGAGCACAUUCCAGAGGAGAAACUGGACCCCGCAGGCCAUGUUGUACCUGAAGGGAACACAGGGUCGAAGGUUCAUUUCCGAGGACCGAAAAGAAGGCGAUGUCUACGACACUCUACACUUAGAGACCCGCAGUCAGAACACAGAAAAACUGAGUGUGGAUCAGGCCGCCAUGGUGCUGCUCAACUUCCUGCAGCAAGCCAAAGAAGGAGCUGAUGAGAACCCAGAUGAGGUUAUUUUCCAGGAGCUGCCAGUGUGGAAGAGAGAAUACUUCUGA